AUGGAUGAGCGUGCGCUGAUCGCCGAACGUCUCAGCCGAGUGGCCAAAGAUAUCCAUUCUGGUCUGGAAGACGGUACCUUUAUUAAUAAUACGACAGUUUUAGGCAAAUUUAAAGCUUUUGUGGCCUCUGGCAGUCCCGGCAAAGGCCAUACGGACCUUUGUGGCAUUUUAAACGUUUUAGGGAACACUUUCUACAACACAAACGCAUUUAAAAGUUGUAUAAUAGAAUUUAUAGCAAAUCUUACCGCCGAUGACGCGGUUUCUACAACGCAGCUGAGAAAUGGACUCCAAUUCAUCGUCCAUUCAUGCCUGUUGCAUCCUUCAACAGCGCUGAUUAUCGUCCGGGCGUCUCCGGAUGUCGCUCUCUCUGGGAUUUUGGAGAUUUUUGAAAAUUACUCCUCGAACGAUGGCCUAGUGUUGGAGAAAAUUGCACUUUCCAAGUCCCUCGUCGGAGAUUCUCGGCUAAAGAGAAAGGCAAGGAGCGUAUUAAAUGGUCUAAGCAAGGUUAUACCGCUGAUAAAUGAGACUCUUUUGUCUGUGAAUGACCCAAGGGUUCUUGUCAGCAAGUUGACAUUGCUUGCCCAUCUAACAAAUGUAGUUGCAACAUCCCAAUUGUCAUCUCUAGUCCAACUCUCUGGAAAGGACGGAGACGUUGGAGAAAUGGCCAAGUACCUGGUGCUUUGCGCCGGAAAGAAAUGCAGUCUUGAUCACUUGCAUCCCAAAUUUGGACAUUUAAGGUCACCACUGACUGAAUUGUACAUUACAUUAAAUGAAGCACAUUUGGAUUUAGCCCCAAACUUGGUUAGAAUACGGGAUAGAGUCUCUUACAAGAGGUCAAAUAACGUGGUUGUUAGUGACUCCUACGUAGCUUUGGGUUAUUCUGAAGAUGUACUCUGCAAAAUGCUCUACGGACUUGACGUUAGCGUGGGACAGAUGAUUGUCGGAGAAUGCAGCAAGAGCUUUUACAUCAAAGAACUCGCCAAUAGAGUUGGCGUCUCCAUCGAUUCCAUAAAUCACAUUUAUACGGAUGAUACCACGGAUGUAAAGACCCUGGUUGGAAAUUGGAUAUGCACAGAAAAUGUCGGAGAAUUUGUUUUUAAUUAUGGAAUAAUAUCAGUGGCUAUGAAGGAGGGAAGAUGGCUAAUUUUUGACUCUGAACUUUCGGAUAGCAUUGCGUUUCUGGUUCACGAUGUUUCUGCCAACGGUGAAUUGUUUAUACCGGAACUAAGUGAGACUGUUUAUGCCCACGAAAAAUUUGCAAUCUUUGUAACUUGCAAUGUGGCAGAUGAUAGAUUUGGGUCUUUGCCGGCUGUGGAAAUUCCGACUCCGUCCUUGGAAGACAUUUUGUCCAUUGCAAGAAAAAACUAUUCAAAGCUCGAACAAAUUUCGAAUACGCUCAUCCAUUCAAUUUAUGAGCUCCGCAACGAGUUGGAACAACACCGCACUUUGAGAGUUUCUGAUAUUUUCAAGGUAUUUAAACGCCUACAAAAUAGUGAAUACACCUUCAAGGGCUACAUUUCUUCAACCAUAAAAUCUUUCAUCAUAGAAACAUUCUAUACUAUCUUUUUGGCUGGAAUAACGUGUAAUGAAACAAAGUUUGGACUCUUGACAAAAUUUGCUCGACGUUUUGACAUGUAUCCAAAAUCGCUCGAUGAGAUUGUAAAACUUGAAAAGGGACUAGGGAGAAAUACGUCCAUACAUUUAAAGGUUUCAUCCCUCCUAUCAUCUUGCUAUAGAGCCAAUGAACCUGUUUUGCUCGUUGGUGAUACAGGAACCGGCAAGACAGCAAUUGUUCAGAGCUUUGCAAAGGCAACUGGUAACAAACUUCUGGUCUAUGUUUUUAAUGAACAAUCCGAAUCAUCAGAUUUAGUUGGAAAUUUCUUUCCAGACAAUAUUGUAGACUCUUCUAGAUGGCUAUUUAUGGAAACGCUACGUUUACAUCUGCGAACUUGUCAACUGGACGACGUUAUGUUUUUGCUAUUCGAUCACCUUGUAGAUUUGUAUACACACCGCAUAUUUAAUAGGUUCUUGAAGACAAUGGCAAUUUCAUUGGGAAACAUGGCAAACUCUGUUCUUGGGUCAUUACAAGAAGAAAUUCUUGAUUUGAGAAAUAAAUGCAACAUGAUGGGUUCGGAGGAUCAUACUAGGUACCCCUUUGCCCUCAACUACCUGGUAAAACCAUUAAAGGAGCUACCUGCAGAUAGAUUAGCUGUCAUGGAAAAGUACAAGGCAAAGGUCCAGGCAGAUUCUUUGGAAUUAAAGUUUAGAUUUGAAGAUGGUAUUUUGGUGGAGGCUAUGAAAAAUGGAUACUGGAUACUUUUGGAUGAGAUUAAUCUUGCCCCUUGUGAGUUGUUGCAAAGGUUGAAUGGAAUAGUUGCAAACAAGAGCACAAAAUUUGAGUUGUACGAGUGCGGAAAUAAGGUUGUAAACAUUCAUCCAAAUUUCCGCAUCUUCGCAUGCAUGAACCCCCCUAUAAUAAAGAGUGGAGAUAUUCUGACUUAUUCCAGUGGUAAGAAGGAGUUACCAGAGAGUUUUAAGUGUAGGUUUACGGAGAUAUUUGUGGAUCAGGUUACCUCCUUUGAAGAUUUAUCCCUAGUUGCUUCUUCCCAUGUUGAGAAUUCGGCUCGCAAUAUUCCAAUUAGCGAGAUUUGUAACUUUUAUGUCAAGGUUAAUGAAAUGUGUAAAAAGGGAGAGUUAGAAGAUGGUUCCUAUAAAACCCCAACCUUUACUCUUCGUAAUUUUGUAAGGGCAAUCCACUACACGAAAAAUGUCCUAAAUCGUGAUUUUAAACCAAUAAAGAAUCCACAUGAAGCGGUUAACGAUGCGUUAUUGGCAUGUUUUUGCUCUUCACUGGGUCCGCGGUCUCUAGAAAAAAUGGAGGCUGUGCUUCCUUCUGCAAAGUCAAUCUCAGAAGAGGUACACGGUGACUAUGUCAAGGUUGAGGGAUAUUGGAUUAAAAAGGGUGAUGAACCAAUUAUUGAAUCAGACUCCUUUAUAGUGACUCCAAAUAUCCGCAAGCAUGUUAGAAAAUUGUCCAGGAUCUUGAGUGGACAGAGGGUUCCAAUACUCUUGGAAGGUCCUACAGCUGCAGGAAAAACCUCCCUUGUUCAAUAUCUUUGUAAUAUUACUGGUCACAAAUGUGUUAGAGUCAACAACCAUGAACAUACCGAAAUUUCUGAAUAUAUUGGACAAUUUGUUUUUGAUUCAAACUCCUCAAAACUCACCUUUAACUAUGGAGUUGUUGUAAAUGCCAUGAAAUAUGGGCACUGGUUAAUACUUGACGAACUAAAUCUUGCUCCAAGCCAAAUUUUGGAAGCUUUAAAUAGAAUACUGGAUGAUAAUAGAGAAAUUUACAUACCAGAAACUCGAGAGGUAAUAAAAUGUCACCCAGAGUUUAUGAUUUUUGCCACUCAAAAUCCUGCAAAUAGUGUAUAUGGAGGGCGAAAACAGCUUUCCAGAGCGUUUUGCAAUCGUUUUGUGCAGAUUUAUGUCGAAGCAGUUUCUCCAAGUGAUCUAGAGUUGAUACUACAUAAGCGCUGCAAAAUCGCAAUGUCUAGAUCACAAAAGAUUGUAAAAGUCUACGAAAGUCUUAGCCAGUGUUCCAUAAAUUCUAUGAUUUUCGAAAAGGCAAAUGCAUUAAUAACAUUGCGUGAUUUGAUAAAAUGGGCCAACAGAGUAUCACAGGAUGAUUCCGGUCUUUCUUAUUAUGGAUGGUGUAUCAUAGCUGAAAAGUUGCGAAAUGAAAGCGAGAAGCAGAUUGUAAAAGAGAGUAUAGAGAAAAAUUGCCCUUCUAAAUCAGGAAAGGUUAUUCCUCUCUGCAUAGAUUUUAAGAGUGAUGAGUGUCUAAACAGGUUUCUCGCUCUUCAUGGAUUGGAUAGAGUUGGACUAUCGAGCAUUUACAAUUUUACAUGGUUUGAUUCCGUUACUGAUCGUGUGAUGGCUCUUAUACUGCGAGCCCUGGAUAACAAGGAACCGGUAUUACUUGUUGGAGAGACUGGUAUUGGUAAAACAACAAUUUGCCAACUUAUAGCAAAACUUUCUGGAAGAAGGCUCAAUAUUUUAAAUUGCCACAAGAACACAGAAGCCUCUGAUUUUAUCGGAGGGUUUAGACCUACAAGAAAUUCCAGGUUCCACGAGUUUAUAGAAAAGGCAAUUGACCACCUUCCAAACUUGGAUGAUUCAAACACAAUAGACGACGUUGCUUAUUAUCUAAAGAGUCUUUUGAGUAAAAAAACAAGUGAAAUUGAUAAGGAGGAGUUUGAUGGAGUCGUUAAACUAAUUAGUCACCUCAUUAAUGGACAGACGAAUGUUGAGUCUGAGAAUCGUCCAAAGCGUCAAAAGGUAGAUUAUGAUCCGGAUUUAUCAGUACUAAAACUUUUGGGAGAAGCAAGAAAGGCCAUGAAUAAUGCUCUGUUCGAGUGGGUUUAUGGUCCUCUUUCAACCUGCCUAAUUGAGGGAGAAUGGUUCCUUGCAGAUGAAAUUUCAUUAGCCGAUGAUGCUGUACUGGAAAAGAUGAACUCUGCACUUGAAAUGGAGAGUACCCUUUCUAUCCCAGAGGCCGGUGGUGAAACACUAAAGGUUUUGCAUGCAAGUGCAAAUUUUAGGUUUUUGGCUACCAUGAACCCAGGAGGUGAUUACGGAAAGCGUGAACUAAGUCCGGCAUUGCUAAAUAGAUUUACACAAAUUUAUAUCCCAGAAUUAAAGUUUGAUGAUUUUUCAACUGUAAAAAGUAUUGUAAAAUACUAUGGAGACUUUUCCGACUGGAUAAUUCACUCCAUGGUGGAUAUUAUCAGAAAUUGUAGCGAAUCUAAGCUAACCCUUCGUGAUCUAAUUUCUUGGAGUGAAUAUAUUGCAAGAGAUUCCGCUUCCAUGAACUCAUCACAUGCGCAAUCUGAAACAGUAGAAUCGUUUAUACACGGACUUUAUGUUUCAUUUCUCGACAGUUAUGCAAAUCCUCCUCUAUCCUUCGACAACAUCGUAUCAAUCAUAUCUAGAUAUAACAAUGUGUUACCAGAAGAAUUAGAGAGACACUUUGUAGAUUCUCAGUGGAUAUGGAACGAGCUGAGGGCCUUAAAUCCAGAAAUGUCAAAUAACCCCCCGGGGUUCAGUUUGGAGUCUAAAACAAGUUUGGGAAUUUUGGGAAAGAUUUUGAGAGCUUUGAGGGUAAAUAGACCUGUUUUGCUAGAGGGUAGUCCGGGUGUAGGUAAAACUGCAUCAGUUAAUGCAAUCGCACAAAUACUUGGAAUUAAACUUGUAAGGAUCAAUUUGUCUGAGCAUACAGAUAUCAUUGAUCUUUUCGGUUCUGAUUUACCUUGCAUGGUUGAUGGAAAAUGGCAGUUUUUAUGGCAUAAUGGACCGUUGUUGGAUGCAGUUGAGAAUGGAUACUGGAUCAUUCUCGACGAGUUAAAUCUAGCAAGUCAGCAGAUCCUCGAAGGUUUGAAUGCUCUACUGGAUCACAGAAGAGAAACAUUUAUUCCGGAACUAAAUAGAUUUGUCAAAUGUGCCAAUUGUUUUAGAUUGUUUGCAUCGCAAAACCCCGCUAUACACGGAAAUGGUAGAAAGUUUUUGCCAAAGUCAUUUUUAAACCGCUUCACAAAGAUUUACGUUGAUAAACUCGAAUUUGAUGAUUAUUGUACUAUAUUAGCCUCUAAAUAUCCUGGAAUAUCCAGAGACCAUGUGAGCAAAAUUGUCACUCUGUUUCACAAAUUUAAAUCUGAACUUGCGCUUUCUCAGUGGGAAUGGAAUUUGAGAGAUUGCAUGCGGUUCUGCGGUGCCCUUGAAAAGGGAAUUCCUAGCAAUGAUUUUAAUAGAGUAUUCCACCUUACAGUACUUUCCAGGCUCCAUAGUGCAGAAUGUUUCAGGGCUAUUGAAGCCCAUCACUUUCCAGAUUCUUUUAAUUCAUACACAAAAGAGGAAUAUUUGAUUGAAGGCACAAGUGCUCCAAGUGUCUCCCAUGGAGAAACCAUAUGGAUGUUUAGUCAAUGGAACGUCUUAAAUUCUCUUGCCCACUCUGUCAAACUUUAUACUCCGAUACUAGUAACUGGACCGUCCCAAUCUGGUAAGGUAUCAACAAUUCGUAAAUUUGCCCAAAUUAAUGGUAAAACUCUCGUCGAAAUUCCAAUUUUUCCUAGUUCUGAUUUAACUGACAUUAUAGGUUGUUUUGAACAAACCAGUCGUACAUCUAUAUGCAAUGAUGCAAAACGGUGUAUGGAGAACAUUUUAGACAUUCUUGUCCCAAAGCAUAUCGAAUCUAAUCCACAAAUUAUCAAGACAUUGGUAGAAACAGAAUCCGUAGAUAAAUUUUUAGGUAUUCUCUCUAGUUCAGAUGAUUUAAUUCCUAUGGACAGCGAUGAAUUUGUUAUAGCUGAAAAACUACGUACCCUAAAUAAUUCUCUUGAAAACUCAAAGUUGGAGGCAGGCAACUUUAAAUGGGUUGACAGUCCGCUUAUUAGAGCCAUUGAAAGGGGAGAAUGGGUCCUCCUACGUAGGAUACAAGAUGCCAAUCCUGCAAUACUCGAUAGAUUGAACUCGUUGUUAGAAGAGAAUGGGCAGAUUGUUUUAAAUGAGUCCGGACAGAACAGAGUUGUGAUUCCUCACAAGGAUUUUAGAAUUUUCAUGAUUGCCGAUGAAACGUUAGUGGGAAGAAUAUCAAAGGCUUUUAGAAACCGUUGCCUAGAGAUUAAUGUGAACGCACAUACAAUACUGAAAUCGCUUUAUGAUAAAAAUGAAAUGGGAUAUAUAAAAGUCGUACGAGGCAUAAUGGGAUUAGACUGUACAAGGCAUAUAUCGCUAUCUAUGCUAUUAGACGGUGUACGCAUAGUUUUGAGUAUUAAAAGGUGUACGAUUGAAGAAGCUCUAGUAAUGUCUCUUACGUUUGGUACCAUAAAGACGCUUUGCAAUUCUUCAGAAUAUAAUAUAUCCUUGACAUUUUUAAAAAAAUGGGCUCUGUGGGACAAUGAUUUAGUUACAGGUUUAAAGAAUACAUUUUAUAAUCUCCCGGAAGAAAUUUUGUCCUUGUCUUGUACAUAUAUGGAGCAUUUUUCACAAAAUAUUCAAAAGCUUCAACUUGUAAUAAACUACCUUUCCACAUGUUGGACCGAUUUUGAAUGCCUGCUCUUUAGAGAAGCUUGUCUUGCCAAAAUUUCUCUGGAAUCACAUGCUUAUUCACUCUUGUGGUUCCUUUGGAGAUCCUCUGGCAAUGAUUCCCCAAAGCGUUUUGAACUUUUAAAAUCAAUAGUUGAUCCGAACAACAACUUUUUAAAUACGGUAAAAACGGAGGAGUUCAUAGGCUUCUAUCAAGAAUUUGUAAAUGACAAGUGGCAAAAUAUUAGAGCCAUCCAAUUUCUCAAUAUGAUUACAAGUGGGAAGCUUGUUCGCAUUGCUGAAAAUUUCCCAAACUCAUCACUAGACAUACGUUCUAUGGACCCAGAAAAGGUGGAUAAAUUAGGAUACCUGGACCAUCUCUUGUGUAUAAAGAGUAUUGCGCCUGUUACAAUAGGACACGUUAUAGAAUCUGUUUUUGGUGGAAAAUCAAGACCCGAUCUUUCCGUUGAUAUGAUAAUUGGUCCCUCCCUGUACACUACUGAUGACGUUAACAUGGAGUUUUUGCGUUUAGGACUUUUUUCACACGGUAUUUCUGAAAAUUCUACCAAAUAUGAACUAGGAGAUUUGGAGCAAUUUAUAAAUUUGAGGGUAGCUUACCUCGAGGGCCAAAUUCAAAAAUGUCCACUACCCUUUAAACUGGAAACAUAUAGCGUAGAGUGUGAACGCACAAACUUGGUCAAAUUCUUUAAUAAAAAACUUUGGUUUUUGAAUUCCCUUGUCCAGCAUCUUCAUCUUUCGGACAAAUUCCAUGGAUCCAGCGUACACGAAUACGCAAUGGAAAUAUUGCGCUUGUAUGUACAAAUUCAACAUGACAUUCCAACAUCAUCACUUAUUCUCCUUAUCAACAUCAUAAUUGCUCUCCGCACAACUGACAAAAAUAUUGCAAACCAAAUAAAUUUGGAGGCCUGCACGCUUCUCAUACAGCAACUCGGUCACACAUUUAGUACUGUGGAUCCACUUAAAUACAUGUCCGACCUUAUUUGUGAUAAAAAAAUGAGGAUGGAACAUGUACGGGUAGACAAUCAGCUUUCACUCGAUAAUACAGAUUCCCUUGAGGUUAUCAAUUUUUGGAGUAAUAUUUCUUUGGAAAAUGGCAUUCCAAAUCUUGUGGAAAAUGUAAAGAGAGUAAAAGCAUUGGAGUCCAUAUUAAAUUCGACGCUUGUUGAUCCCACAUGCUGGAGUAAUGUAUUUUCUCUCCUACUUUACAUCUCUCCUCAUAUACGCAAGGUGUUUACUUUAGAUCUUGAAUCAAUUGUCAAGGCCGUUUAUCAUCGCCAAGCUUGCGAGACAUUUUCUGAAAUGCACAAAGUUAAGGACAACCCACACAAAUCAGCCUUUAUUGUUGAAAAAAUAUUAAAACUAUUGGAGGGGAUUUUGCAGGACGAGUCUCUAAUUUGUGACUUGUGGGAAAUGUCUUGUCUGUACAUCCUCUUGGAGCUGCCAAAUCUGGAUAUCCUUCUUGACUGUAUUGAAGAAAAAUACAUGCACGACUACAGAGUUGCAGAAAAGGAAAGUUUGGAGGACAUGUACAAAAACUUUGCCAUGCUUGAUUCGCUAGCGGAUGGAGAGUCCACAAAGCUCAUGGUUUUUGAAAAGUAUAUCGAUGAACUUGCGCAAUGUAUAAGUGGAAAAAGAUUCCCGCUCAGGUUUGCUACAGACCUUGCAAUGGAUCUUCCACAAGAAUUCGUAUGCAAAGAUAGCCUGAGGUUAAUUUACGAUUUUAGAACCGAUGUAGAAAAAUUUACGGCUGUUCUGCAACGUACUGAGCGUGGUAAAUCCUUAAUUGAGUCUAUCGGAAACUUUUCAAGGUACCUUGAAAAAAAAUAUCUUUUCUUUGGGGAGAUUCUCAAACCAGUUCUUCUAGCUCUACAUUCCAUUGUGUUUUCUGUCAUAUUGAGAAGUGGCAAUGAUUAUGAGAUGAAAAAGCUAUCGUCCAUAUCCAAGGCAAGUCUAGAAUCUGCCUUCUCAUUUCCAUACAAUCCACUCAUGAGGCUAAACUUACAGGAGCUUGUUGCACUAACUGUUCAUUACUCCAAGAAUGAAGGAAAGAUUAAUAUUUACACAUUUUCCACAUGUCUCUUGCACUUUUAUGCCCUGUUUAACGUUGACUAUCUCAUUACAAUCUCGUUAGAACCCCUAAAAUAUCUCUUUACUCUGCUCUCUGGUAUGGUGGACAAACAGGUUGAGGAUAGUGCUAUCUCCAUAAAACUUUCACUCUUUCAAAAAUCUUUGCAAAAUGCCAGAAAGAGUAUAGAUUCUGGAGUUUUUGAACUGUUCCCAAACAAUGAAAGAGUUAUUGCAGUUUUAAAGGAUGAAUUUGAAGGCGAACACAAGGAGGAAGAUGAUGGAUCAAAAGAGACGGGAAAUAUCGAUGAAAAACGCAUUAAUAAGUUGUUGGUAUCAAUUCUAAACAAGGAUCCUUGUGGUUCUCCAGAGAAAUUGAGAAGAGAUGUAAUAAAUGCUGUAUUUUCCUUGUCUCUAUCUCUUGGUGUAGAUUGCAUGCAGCCGGAUAGAUCCUUGAUAUCUAGAGCAAUAAUGGCAAAAUCAUCGUCCGCCUUUGGUUAUUCAGAGUGUGUAAAUUAUGGCGGCACUUGUGACUCCUCAUUCUAUAACUCUUGUAAUACAAAUCUAACUUUGGAUGCCUGGAAGAUUAUUGCGGAGAUCAAACAAAGAGUAAAGGAACUAGAAGCAGAAUUCACGGAUAAUCCUCAGCUCGGUGAUGUGGAAAAGGUUAUACAGUCGAUAACAAAAAUGAAGGUGGAAACGGUCACGCAGUCUGUUCUCACAACAAUGCUGGAGGUGCUUUUAGCAAAGAUGGAAGGGUGGAACUAUAUUGCUCACUCGAAGAUAUCUCUAAAGAGUUUUAGCGAAGAAAUUCAGAAUAAAGUCAUAGGGUUGAGAGAAAAGGAACUUGGCGAGUGGCAAUCUUUAGUGCUUUCACGACUAGAGACAUGUGAGAAUGAGGCUUAUGCAUCUCUAUCAUUUUUUGUUGAAAUGUGUAGCAGCAUUUUUGAAUCAUCAACCGUAGAGUCAUGUAUAGAGGAAAUACUGCAAUUUGUCACAUCUUCACCUAUUGCACAUUUUUCACCAAUUCUUAAAAUGGUCAAGGCUACAGCUUCACUUUUCAAGGAUUCCACAAUUUCUAGUGAACAGACCAUGCGAUCAGUCCUUGCUAAUAUGCAGCAAUUUUUAAUGCACUGGGAACCAAUUGUAAAUGAGAAGAUUGAUGAAAUAAAAAAGGAAACAAACUUGAAAGUUUUGGAAAUUAUAAAGACUGUAAAAAGGAGUGGACAAGAUUAUGUUUCAAUUAGAGAAUCGAUUGAGAAGCAAAAGGAUCAAGUUACGAAUGAAAUUAGAAGAUUUGAUCAAACAAUAAGACAGCCAUUUACACUUUUGUAUAAUGAAAAGAUUCUAGAAGGACCAAAACCAAGUAAAGUUUUAACUUCUGAAUCAAAGCUCAUCUCAAUUUUGCGUGAAAAUGUAGAAUAUGUUCAAGAAAACAAAAAUACAAUUACUAGACUACAAUGCACUCGUAUUUCUAGCAAUGUAUGCGACGUAUUAUCGGAAAUGGGUUUUAAAAGUUUACCUUACAAGGACAAUGUUAUGAGCUGGAUAGACUUUGGAAAAGAAACGAUGGAACAUACUGAUAAUUCAUCAUACAUUAUGGAGAGUUUGCACAUUUUGCGCAAUCUUAACGCCGUUUUGAAGGAUGAAAAGGCCGCAAACUUUAAAAAGAACAUUGACCUUCGACUUUUGGGAUACCUUGCCUUUAUGUUUGCAAGGGCUCAGGAGGAAAUUAAUCAAGCUCAAAAGGCCAGGAAAUUUCAAGAGUCCGAAAAAUACGCAAACGAGAUCAUGAGCUCCGGAGAUGUUCGUCAGGCCUCUAGUUUAGACUUGAGAACAUUAUUCACGCUUGUAGAUGAAGUUUACGAGGGAUUAAUGCAGCUACAUUCAGUUGGAAUCAGAGACGCAAAUGUUCCAGAACCAGAGUUUAAGCAAUUCAUUUUGACUUCUCCCGAAUACAGACUAUUUUUAGAUGGCCUAAAAAAUAUUCCAGUGCGAAACUCUUGGGUCCUUGAGCUAAAAACAAAUCUUUUGCGCAUUAAAGCAGCGUUUAUGUCGGGAAAACUUGAAAAUGGUGUUAAAAUAUUAGAUUCAAUACUCAAUUCCUUUUAUUCUGAAGUCACAAAACAUAAGGAUGUGGCACCUGAGCAGCCUCUGCAUAUCCCUCUAGAAUGCCUCUACUUGACUUUGUUCAUCGAAUCCAUCGCACACGUUAAACCAGUAAAGGAGGAGAAUAAUGGAGAUUCUACUGAUCAGUGGACUCCUGGAACUGGAUUAGACGAUGGAACAGCAAUGAAGAAUAUUUCAGAAGAUGUCGAAUACGAUGAUAACGCAUUUGAUAAUAAAGACAAGGACGUUCCUCAAAAUGUCGAUAAGGACGGUCCUAAUUUAGACAUGGACAUUGAUUUUGAAGGCGAAGAAUUUGACGUACAAGAAGAGGACAGAGAUGGUGACGACGAGAAUAUAAAGAAUGAAUAUGAACACGGUAAAGAUGAACAAACGGAAGACGUAAAUUACGAGAUGGAAUUUGAAGGUGAUGAUGGUGAUGGCGGUGAACAGAAUGAAGAAAUGGAAAAGGAGGAAGGAGGAGGUGAGGCUGAAGGAGAAAAAAUUACCGACGAAUCUGGUCCCGGAGGAGAGGAAAGAGAGAGCGGCCAAGAUGAUUCCGGGGAGGGUCUCGACGAUGUGGGCGAUUUACAAGAAGAGGACAGAGAUGGUGACGACGAGAAUAUAAAGAAUGAAUAUGAACACGGUAAAGAUGAACAAACGGAAGACGUAAAUUACGAGAUGGAAUUUGAAGGUGAUGAUGGUGAUGGCGGUGAACAGAAUGAAGAAAUGGAAAAGGAGGAAGGAGGAGACGAAAAUAGAGAAAACGAGGAGUCGGAAGAAAACACAGAGUUUGCACAAAAUGAUGACCAAGGAGAUGUCGCGAAUGAACAAGAGGCUACAAGACAAGAAACAGGUAAACGGGACUAUUCUAGUGUUCCAUAUGGAGUACAAGGAGAAUCUGGACAAAUUAUGGGAAGUGAGGAGAACGAAGAACGCAUAGGUUCAGGCGCUUCAGAAUAUGAAGCUUCAUGGGCCAAUAGUGGUGAUAGUUUGAAACGUAAUGACCAAGUUGAUUCCUUUUUCAACAUGAUGGACAAGAUGUUUGGAGAAAGGAGUGGUAUGGAAAAUGCCAACGAUUUGCGGAAACGAGGAGUUUCCGAACCCGUUGGAGAACAGGGUGAAGAAGAUAAGGACGGAAACGUUGAUGAAUUCGACCAAGAUGGAGAAUUACAGGGACUUGCUCCAGGUGGAACUGGAUCCGCAAAUCAGGAUGAUAUGGAUGUUAAUUUUGGCCAAGAGAAGAGUGUUGAAGCAGUACAAAACAAGGAAACUGGAGAUAAAAGUUUCAGUGCGGACAAACAGACGGAAAAGGCAGAAAAUCGUCUUGACCAUCCAACGGACAGAGCAUUUACUCAAGAUGCACUAGAGGAAAUGGAGAUUGACACUAGUGGAGUGAGUCGUGGCUCUUUGCAGUCUGACACUGUACCAUUUGAAUUUGAGAAUAUGGAGAGCCAGGACCAACCACUGCAAGGGGAUUCUCAGGGUACAUGGAAACAGUACCAGGAAGAAACUGCAGUUGUAUCAACUACACUUUGUGAACAAAUGAGAAUAAUUCUGGAGCCCACAAAGAGCGGUUCAAUGCAGGGCGAUUAUAAAACUGGAAAGAGAAUUUCAAUCAAGAAACUAAUGACAUUCAUCGCAUCAAACUACCAGAGGGACAAAAUUUGGCUAAGGAGAACAAAGCCUAGCAAGAGGGAUUAUUGCAUAUUUAUAGCCAUUGACAAUAGCAAGAGUAUGGCGAACUCGAAUGCGGGAACACUUGCACUAAAAUCGCUCGUUUCAAUUUACGAGGCAUUAUCCAAACUCGAUGUUGGAGACCUUACUGUUUGUAAAUUCGGAGGAUACCCACCCGAAAUACUCUUGGAUACAAGGGGAACCAUGGAACCAUUUAAAGUUUUGGACAAAAUGACCUUUGAUGAGGAGACCCGAGACUCUCAUGAAACUGGUCUUCCUCAGCUCCUAAAGUUUGUUUUGACCUCAAGCGAUAUUAUAGACAAGAGUAAACGAAUUCUAAUCAUCAUUUCCGAUGGGAAAUUCAACAAAACAAAGGCUCAGCCGUGGAUCCAAUCGAUCAUUGGCAGCGGAGUAGUACCUCUGCUUGUGAUAUUAGAUCCCAUUACCCAGGGCCAAAAGUCGAUUCUACAGAUGAAGCAAGUCACAAACAUAAAUGGCAAGAUGAAGGUGGAGACCUUCUUCCAGAAUUUCCCCUUUCCGUAUUACGCUAUAAUUCACGAUAUCGCAAAGCUACCAAACAUAAUCACCGACCUUCUCAGACAAUGGUUCGCCCUUUCUGACAAGUACUGA